AUGUCAUCAGAAACGCUACAGAAGAUUCUUAUCUUACUGAAAGAUGAUUUAUCGCCCGAAAGAAUACGAGUGAUCAAAGACCAGGUGAGCAAGCAAAAAUCGACGCUGGAUUACCAAUUGAACAAGGAAUCGUCGAAGUAUUUCAAUCAUGUAGAGGAUAGCUUGUCAUUGCUUAAUUUGUCCCAGAGAUCUGUAAAGAAUACCGAGAGACGUCUUCAUGAAGUUGAUGAGCUUAGCCGCAGAAGUAAGUCUGCAAUCUCCCGAUAUGAUAUUAUUUUCAAUGCAACGAAGCUUUACGAGACUAUAGAUUUGACAUCGUCCAUUUAUGAUAGGAUAUCCGAGUUUAAUGAAGUCACGACCAGAAUAGCGGAAAUGCUUGAGCAAGAGCUUUCGGACGAUGCUUUGGACUCCGGUUGUCCAUGUUUGCUCCAUAUACAUUAUAUGUUGACGAUGGCCCGUGACUUUCAAGAUCAAAUGCUGGUCAUGGCGCAAGUUUCGACAGACGACGUUCAGCGCACUAUGUUGAAGCUUUUCUCGCAGAUGACUGAUCUUGUCGCAAAAUUUGAUCAACUACUGGAAUCCCUUAUAUAUGAUUUGGUGGAGAUCGUGAGGUCCGAGCAGGUAUCUUUGGCCAUUCGUCUAUUCAAAGUAAUAACCGUGGAGGAGAAAGAAGACUUAAAAAUCAAUGCGAUCCGAAACAUUAUCAAGAAGAAAGAGAUAGAGCAAGAGAAAAGUGCGAUUAAGAAGCUACCGAGUAGUAGGACGGAUUUACAACCAAAUAUUAUAGAAUAUCCGACUAGCAAAGGCCUCUACGAAGAGAUUCUUAGUGGAACGAUAAACACAAGGACCCAGGCCCGCGGUUAUCGAAACUUCUUCUUUAACAAGAUUAAGCAAUCUGUUCAGGACAUGUUUGUGGAGGUGAGGAAAGAAUAUCAGGGCGAGAAAAGAUUUGAGGUGCUUCAUAAUUUGGAUUGGGUUUUUAAUGAAUUGCUGAUAGUUAAAGAGCAUUUGACAAAAUACUGUCCAGGUCAUUGGGAUAUAUUUGGCAAAUAUUUUGAGUGUUAUUAUGACGAAUUGAACUCUCUAGUGAAUGAGCUGGUAGAGUCAGAACCUGAAACUUUGAUCAUCCUCGACAUUCUAGACUAUGACAAACACUUCCAAAGCACAUUAGUUCAGGAUUUCGGUUUCGAUAAGAAAGACAAGAAAAGUAUCAUCGGAGAUAAACAACGGGAGCAGCUAUUUGCCGAUUAUUUAAGCCUCAUUUUGGUCAAGAUGACUGAAUGGAUUGGCAACCUGGAAAAAGCGGAGUUUGAAGUUUUCCUCGAAAGAAAGACUCCUCCUCAUGUUGAUUCCGAAGGUUUGCUGUAUCUGGACGGGACCCGAACGUGCUUUCAAAUGUUCACCCAACAGGCAGAAGUGGCAGCAGGUUCCGGUCAGGCCAAGAUCCUUGUUGGUGUUAUUGAAAGGUUUUGCGAUCUGCUCAAACAAAGGCAGAAGAAAUGGAUGCAAAAGAUUGAGAUCGACGUACGGAAGCUAUUGCGCUUCAACCAACGCACCGACUCGCAGGAUGUCGAGGAGAGCGAAGAGUGCCCUGGAGGUCUCGUGGAAUAUAUAGUGGCAGUUGCCAACGACCAGAUGAAGGCCGCGGAUUAUUCCGUUGCUAUAUCCUCCAAAUACGGCAAGCUGGUCAGCAAAGUACAUGAGAGGACGAUUACGCAAGAGAUUGAGGAAGCCCUUGAUGGUUUCGCGGAGGUUGCCAAAUUUUGCUCAAGCGAGCUCAUAAAGAUCAUUUUCACAGAUCUCUCCGCUCCUUUCUCAGAGAUAUUCAGCAAGAGCUGGUAUGGCGGCAAUCAAGCUCAACAAAUCGCAGACACCCUCUACGAAUACAUGCUUGAAAUUAAAAACCAGAUGAACCCUGUUGUCUUUGCCAGUUUGCUGGAGACGGUGGUUGAAGAGACCAUCCUGCUAUUCAUAGGGGCACUGAAAUACGAGCAUUCCUUCAAAAACAAGAACGACAAGUUCCUGGACUCCACCAAGAGAGAUUUCGAGACUUUUUACAAAGUCUUCAUCCAGCUGCUUCCCGAAAGCGAAGACAAGACGCUGAUCAUCGACGACAAAUUCAAACUGAUGGAGUAUUUCAUGGACUUCAGCUGCGGCCCCGUGGAGAGUAUACCCACCACUUGGGCCAACUGUUUGACCGUCUACUGGGACACUCCCGUCAAGCUGCUCUCCGCGAUCCUCAAGUGCAGAAAGGACGUCGACAGCUCCGACGCGAAGAAGCUACUGCAAGCGGCGACGCGCUCAGCUAGCGAUCCAGCGCGACUGGCGCAGCUGAACGAAGCGGAGGCCCAGCCGACCUUCAUAAGCAGAGUCGCGGCGCUAAUAUGA